GCACUGAGAAACUGCUGCUGUCUGUCAGACCGAGGACCGACACACUUCACACAGCACAGUUCAGGACCUUGUGUGACGGAAGACACUGGAAGGAAGGAGAGUUUGAAUCGGGUUCAGAUAUGAGACUGGGCAUGACGGUGCGGGCCAAGCUGAGGGUGUAGCCACAUCUGGCAGAGAGCGCUGAAGUAAGCAGGAGCCUCAGCACACCAAACCGUCCACUGCAGCAGGGAAGAUGGGAGAGACAGAGGAGGAGAGGGAUAAUGUGGGGAAGCGGUUUGAGAACUUCUUCCAGGCCUCGACCUGUAAAGGAGCCCUUCAAGCCUUCAACGUCCUCUGCAGACAGCUGGACCUCGACCCUGCGGACAACAGCACCUUCUACAGCAGUCUGAAGGCAAAGGUCACCUCCUGGAAGGCCAAAGCACUAUGGAGUAAGCUAGACAAGAGGAUGUCCCAUAAGGAGUACAAGAAAGGCCAAGCCUGUGUGGGCACCAAGUGCCUCAUCAUCGGAGGAGGUCCCUGCGGCCUGCGGACAGCCAUUGAGCUCGCUUUGAUGGGUGCCAAGGUGGUGGUGAUUGAGAAGAGAGACUCCUUCUCUAGGAACAAUGUGCUGCACCUUUGGCCCUACACCAUCCAUGACCUGCGGGGCCUCGGGGCCAAAAAGUUCUACGGCAAAUUCUGUGCCGGGGCCAUAGACCACAUCAGCAUUCAGCAGCUGCAGCUCAUCCUGCUGAAAGUUGCCCUCAUCGUCGCAGUUGAGUUUCACAUCAAUGUGGAGUUUGUCAAGCUGCUGGAACCUCCAGAGGAUCAGGAAAAUGAAGGGCUCGGGUGGAGGGCCGCAAUCCGACCCGCCGAUCACCCUGUGGCUAACUUUGAGUUUGAUGUCGUGGUGGGGGCAGACGGACGCAGGAAUACUCUAGAAGGUUUCAAAAGGAAGGAGUUCAGGGGUAAGCUGGCAAUCGCCAUCACAGCCAACUUUAUCAACAGGAACACCACCGCAGAGGCCAAAGUAGAAGAGAUCAGCGGAGUGGCCUUCAUCUUCAACCAGAAGUUCUUUCUGGACCUCAAAGAGGAGACAGGUAUCGAUCUGGAGAACAUCGUGUACUACAAGGACAACACGCAUUACUUUGUCAUGACUGCCAAGAAACAGAGCCUGCUGGAAAAGGGAGUUGUCAUUAAUGAUUACAUAGACAUCCAGAAGCUGCUGAGCAGUGAAAAUGUCAACCAGGAAGCUCUUCUGUGCUACGCCCGUGAGGCUGCUGACUUUGGCACCAACUAUCAACUUCCCACGUUGGAUUUUGCCAUGAACCACUGUGGGCAGCCAGAUGUAGCAAUGUUUGACUUCACGAGCAUGUAUGCCUCAGAGAACGCCGCUCUGGUCAGGGAGCGAUUUGGACACCAGCUACUGGUAGCACUGGUUGGCGACAGUCUGCUGGAGCCGUUCUGGCCAAUGGGGACGGGUUGUGCCAGAGGCUUCCUGGCUGCCUUUGACACAGCCUGGAUGGUAAAGAGCUGGGCUCAGGGGCGGACAGUUCUGGAGGUGCUGGCAGAGAGGGAGAGUAUUUACAGGCUACUUCCACAGACAACACCAGAAAACAUUGCCAAAAAUUUUGAACAGUACACCAUAGACCCAGGAACUCGAUACCCCAACCUCAAUUCCUCCUGUGUCAGGCCGCACCAGGUGCGUCACUUGUACAUCAGUGGAGAACUGAAUUCCUGCUCUCUGGAGCGUGCUGCUACCAUACGACGGCCUGUCAAUCUCUGCAGACGUGAGUCAGAGAUCAGACCGACGAGGCUUCUUACCUGGUGCCAAAAACAGACAGAGGGCUACAGGAAUGUGACGAUCACAGAUCUGACGUCUUCUUGGCAAAGUGGCAUCGCCCUCUGUGCCCUCAUCCACAAGUUCAAUCCCCAGCUGAUAGAUUUUGAUUCAUUAAAUGAAGAAGACCAUGCUGCAAACCUCCAGCUGGCUUUUGACAUCAGUGAGCGGGAAUUUGGGAUCCGACCUUUCACGUCUGUGAAGGAGCUGAGUGCGGGUGAGGAGCUGGAUAAGACCAGGAUGAUCACCUACCUGUCCAAGUUCUAUGAGCUCUUCCGUGGAACACCUCUACCUGCAUCAGGCUCCAGAGGAGUGGAUGAAAACAAUGAAGAUUAUCCAUCUAAAGAAGUCAGAAGUAAUAAUAAUGUGCUCAAUCUUGCAGUUCCCAGGAAACGGGUUCCAAAGGAUGAAAAGAAGUCAGACGGUACAGACCCCAUUUACAAAAGGAGGCGAAAGUUCUGUUAUUUGGAGGAGGCCACCAAUCUGUCCAGUAAUGGCUCCUCAGUGCGAGAGGGGCUGGAUCCUAAGGAAAAUAAAGUGCGCUCAAUGGCUACUCAGUUGUUGGCCAAAUUUGAAAGCACACCCAGCUACACCGUCCGCAGAACACAGUCAGACUGCGAGAGGUCGUCCCUGCUUCAAUCUCUUGACCUCACUGAGAGUCUGCACAAAAAACUCAGGCCUCUGGUCCCACCUAAACCUCCUCCUGAGAUGCAGUUUGAAGUCAGUAUCAGAAAAGCAGCAGAGCAGUUAGUCCGCCUGCCACCAAAGACUCUGCCCAAACCCCAGAUCCAGCCUCAGUCCCAGCAUCCAUUUUCCAUAGUGAAGCUCAGACAUGUUGAUCAAACACACACUGAGACGAAGCCCCAGCCCCAGUCUGAGAGCGCAGACCCCCCUGCUUCUUCUCCCUCCUGCCACUCAGCAAUCCAAUUCAUGUCAAGAAUCCUCCAGCGCCUCAGGGAGGUGGAUGAACACGUCUCUGAGAAAAAGGCUCAGACACAGCAGACUAGAGAGUUUCACACAAAGAGUAUAAAGGAAAAAGCUGUUCACCUCAGUGGGUUGUUCUCAGGAGACAGCUCUGCUGUAGUCAAGGGCGGCUCAGUACGACGGGCCUUCCCCCCAUCGGGUGACAAGUGUCACUCAUGCGAGAGGCGUGUUUAUAUGGUGGAGCGGGUCUGUGCCGAGGGGCUCUACUUCCACAGGGAGUGUUUUCGCUGUUCGACCUGCAGCUCGGCCCUGCGACAGGGAGCGCAUGCUUUCGACUCUGAACAGGGGAAAUUGUACUGCAAACUUCAUUUUGAUCAACGUAACAAUGGGACAAACCUACGGAGGAACUUCUCUCUACGCUCGAAUCGUUACGGAGCCGGAGUUCAGGAGCGAUGUGUUGCUGAUGAAGAAAGCUCCCAGUCCGGCAGCACGGCAGACCUGCAGAGUCCACCUGCAGCAGGUACCUUCAGCUCGCUCAUAAGGAAAAAGCUGAGCUGGCCCCUGAGUGUGACUCGCACUGUGUGUAACGCCCCCUGGUAUCUGUCCUGCCGUGUGCGUAGUACAGCACAGGCCUUCGUCGGCCACCUGAGGGACAACGCCCAGGACUAUACAUUACUGUAUGAGCUACUGAGCAUGAGCUUGCCCCUGCUGUUUGUUUUACAAGAGGUACUGCUGCAGAUGUACACAGAGGCUGUGCCAGAUGGGCCGAGCUCUUUCCAGCCUCUGCUGCUGUGGCUGCAGGAGCGUAUCGGGCACGGGCUCAUCUAGACUCUCAGCAGAUAUCGGCUGUUAAUAGUUUCCCUAGAACAUCGCUCCAAAUGCCAUUAAACCUGUGACUGAGGUGCACGUUAGCUGGAGUGUUCUCGUCAUAUUAUCAUUUGUAGCUGGGCACAAGCACCUUUUUAAUGUUUACUUGCCGGUUAUGAUGAUACUGUAGUUAGAUUCCCUCCCAGUGUGUUGGAUGUACGUUUAUGCAUCAGCCAAAUAAGAGACACUAUACACUAUACUAUGCAACUUUUUCCAGUUCACUACAGAGGGUUGGGACAGUUUGUCAGAUGAUGAAAGCUGCACCAGACACUUUUGCAGUGGUUAGAUGAGGAAACUGUACACUCCCUUUUGGGUUAAAAUAGUUGUUAAAAUGCAAAUAAGAUAAAAACAGGCUACAGUCAGUGCCUUAAAGACUUGAGACUGCUGAAAUGUUCAAUCAUCAUUGCUGUAGAAUUUAACCUUUUACAAAAAUGGAUCCUGCAGUUAAAAUUUCUUAACUCAGGUUAUGACUGACUCACUUGAUGCACUUUAUCUUUGGGAACUGCCUUGUGGAAGUAGCAGGAAACUGUCACAUUAAUUAAAAACCUGGUCUGAUGUUAACGGUGAUCACCAGCCAGGUUUUCCUUUGACUAUCCAUAUGUGCUCCUGCCAUAUGUUUUCUUUUAAUAUAUAUAUGCAGGUAUGUGUGUUUUACACAUAGGUUAACCAUUUGCUCAUAAUCUUUUUAUACUCUGAUCACUCUGUUUACUUCAAGAAACUGCUUUUAUUGAUUUUUUGAUUUUUUAAUUUUUUUGAUUUUUUUGAUUUUUAUGAAUGGCACCAAAAAUCUCUCAUGAUGUUUGAUACUGUGGACUAUGUGGAGUAUUUAUAAAGUUCUACUUUGCUGCCACCUACAGUUGACUCUCAGAACAUGAAGGCAAAAUGAAACACCCGGCUCCUCUCCCUGUAUAAAAUUAUUACACAAUAACUGCUUUAUGAAAUGUUUUCAGACUUACUGUAGACAAUAGAAGCUGGUGAGCAUGCUGUGAUGUUUUUGAAUGUGCUUGCCACUCUUGCCUUGAUUUUAAAACAUGCUGUUGGAAGAUCAACUGCAAACCUCUCUGACUGGAAGACACACAGAUGCUUCCUAAUCAUAUACACUAUCUAAUGAUGCUUAUGAAGCACUUUAGAGUUGCUUAUCGAGUGUUUUUGUUUAAUUUUAAAAAAAUAUUUUAAAAUGAUAUUUUGCAGAAACUUCAGGCAUUGUGUCAAGUGUUUACGGCAUGAUAUCUGGGAUAUGCAAUAUGAUGUUUGUGUUUUGUUUUUUCAGCUGCCUAAUAUUUCAUGUUGAAUUACUGAAUGUGCUGCAUGUAAUAUGGACUAUAUGUUUUGUUUACAGUGCAGUACAGGUGGAAAAAACCUCAGUGUUUUUAAAAUGCCAAAGAACUGUUUUCAUACACACUGACUGGACUUGUAUAAUAUUGAAGUUAUACAACACAGCAACAGUCAUGCAAACUGUAACAUGUACAGCGGUGCCAACAUACAAAUAUCUUCUUCAUUAUGAAUGUCAGUAUUUGUUUUGUUUUCAUAAACAUUUUCUACUUUUGUGCA